CUCAUGUUAAGAACAUAAUGUUACUCAUACGCCAUGUUGAACAAAAUGUUAAUUUUCUUCUUACCAAUGUUAAUAUAACGAUUAAAUAUAUCUUCGGUUUAUUAAAAUUUCUCUCCCGCUUUAUUGCAUCCGUACAUUAUGACUGCCAUAGAUAAGAUUGGCGGAAAGUAAAAUUGUACAGAGCCGACGUUAACUCUGGCAAAAUAAACUAAUUUUCAACAAUUCAGUGUAUAGUUGUUGCUGAAUAAAAACGUAGCUCGUUGCGAUCCGAGUUUAAAAGUGACAAAUUAUCAAAUACAAGUUCUGCAAAUUGAUAUUCAUUAUGAGUCCGACGUAUUUUGUAGCUGGCGGUGUUGCUUCUGUAGGCGCCGUAUGCUUUACCCAUCCACUAGAGGUUGUUAAGAUACGCAUGCAACUACAGGGCGAAUUAGCGGCGCCCGGUACCUAUGCCGUCCCCUACAAGAACACUAUGCAUGCGCUCGUGACGAUUUUUAAAAACGAAGGUUGGACUGGGUUGCAAAAAGGACUCGUGCCAGCAACGUAUUUUCAGUUUAUUUUGAAUUCAAUACGGCUGGGCUUUUACCACACAGCUGUUCGAAAUCAGUGGACUAGCAAUGAAAGCGGUGGAGAAUCCUUUGGCAAGAACCUGUUAUUAGCCAUAUCGGCUGGAGCUGUGGGAGCCUACCUUUCAAGUCCAUUUUUCAUGAUAAAGACACAAAUGCAGUCGGAAGCUCCUUCAAAACUGGCCGUUGGCUAUCAACAUCACCACACUGGUAUGUUCAAUGCCAUGCGAAAGAUUUAUGUGAAGAAUGGGAUUGCCGGAUUAUGGCGUGGUUCCUUCGCCUCCAUACCGCGUGUUACAGUUGGUUCGGGCGCACAAAUUGCGACCUUUGCCGAGAUGAAGGCAUUGCUGCGUGAGCACAAUUUAGUGGUACAACCUUCAUUGAAUACAGUGUGUGGAGGUUUCUUAGCUGGCGUGGUAGUUUCAAUGACCAUUACACCGCCAGAUGUAAUUGCAACACGUCUCUAUAAUCAGGGUGUGGAUGCACAUGGUAGAGGCUUAUUCUAUAACGGGUGGUUGGAUUGUGCUUCAAAAAUUCUACGAAAGGAGGGUAUUUUGGGACUAUAUAAAGGCUUCUGGACGACUUACAUACGAUUGACCCCGCAAUCAAUAUUGGUUUUGCUGUUUUUCGAUGAACUAAUUGCUCUAAAAAAUAGGUUGUAGCAUCUAUUUUCAACUGUUGGAAAUGCUAUAUAAUUUUUUGUAACUGUGUAAAAUUAUAAAGGAAAUAUACAAUUUCAAUAAAAAGUUUACGAUUACCCAACCGAAUAAUAUCUACAAAA